AUAGUGUGGAAGGCAGGUUUGCAGAGGCAAUGUACAAUGCUUUUUGGAACCAUCUGAAGGAACAACUAUUGAGUACUCCUCCUGACUUCACCUGUGCUCUUGAACUUCUAAAAGAUGUUAAGGAGACCUUGCUAUCACUGCUAUUACCAUGGCAGAACCGCCUAAGAAAUGAGAUAGAAGAAGCUCUGGACACAGAUCUCCUCAAGCAGGAAGCAGAACAUGGGGCCCUGGAUGUCCCUCAUCUUUCUAACUACAUUCUCAAUUUGAUGACUCUGCUAUGUGCACCAGUUCGAGAUGAAGCGAUACAGAAACUAGAGACCAUAACAGAUCCAGUGCACUUACUGAGGGGCAUCUUCCGUGUUCUGGGCCUAAUGAAAAUGGACAUGGUGAACUAUACCAUCCAGAGCUUCCGACCCUACCUGCAGGAGCAUUCCAUCCAGUAUGAACAAGCUAAAUUCCAGGAACUCCUUGAUAAACAGCCCAGUCUCCUCGAUUAUACCACAAAAUGGCUAACCAAAGCAGCCACAGACAUCACUACACCAUGUCCGAGUUCUCCUGAGUCACCUAGCUCCUCUCGCAGCGUGGCGUGUUCACUUCCAAACGGGGCAGGUAACAACUCAGAGCCCCCGAGUCCAACAAUGGUGCUAUACCAAGGCUACCUGAACCUCCUCCUCUGGGAUCCUGAAAACGAAGAAUUCCCUGAGACUCUGCUGAUGGACAGAACCCGGCUCCAGGAAAUGGCGUUCCAGUUGCACCAGUUAACUGUCCUGGCCUCAGUCUUGCUAGUGGCCAGAAGCUUCUCUGGUGAAAUUUUAUUCAGCUCAUCUGAAUUUGUGGAUAGACUGAAAUGCAUCACCAAGGCCCUAACUGAGGAAUUUAUCUCCAGGCCUGAAGAGACUAUGCUGAGUGUGAGUGAACAGGUGUCUCAGGAAAUCCAUCAAGGCCUUAAGGACAUGGGCCUCACUACUCUGAGCAGUGAAAACACAGCAUCUCUCCUAGGCCAACUCCAGAACAUCACCAAGAAAGAAAACUGCAUUCGGAGCAUUGUUGAUCAGCGGAUCCGUUUGUUUCUCAAAUGCUGUUUGCUUCAUGGCAUGCAGGAGUCUCUGCUACACUUUCCUGGAGGCCUCAUUCUCAUUGAAAGGGAGUUGGCAGAACUGGGCUGGAAGUUUCUCAAUCUGAUGCAUCAUAAUCAGCAGGUAUUUGGCCCAUACUAUGCUGAGAUCCUAAAAAACAUCAUCCAUCCAGCUCAAGCACAAGAAACAGAUGUGGAGCAUAACUGAUAGUGCUGGACCCCAGCCAUGGCAACAGGGAUCCAGGAGAGAGAGGUCAGCAUGUUUCUGGGAGGACAUCACCUGUGGUCAGUCGAACACUCAGCCCUCUUCCUUGCUACAGCCAGGACACAGGGAUGCAGGGGUCAAGCAUGUAAACACCAAAUGGCCCAAUCCCCUUCACUAAUAAACUUCUGAGCUGCAAGAAAA